CUUAUCAUCGAGCUCUUCCCUAUUCCCUUGUUUUAGGUUCUGGUACUUAUUAGCGACUGAUUCUCAUCCCAUGUUUGGUUAGAGGUUCAUCCGGGGUGCAAAGUCAUAUUGUGGUUGGACUUCACAUCAGACCAGAUACGGCCAUGUCUGGCAACUCAAAUUGCACUGUUUAUAUAGGCAAUCUGGAUGAGAGGGUGACAGACAGGGUCUUGUAUGAUAUAUUAAUUCAAGCAGGACGAGUGGUAGACUUGUACAUUCCUAAAGAUAAGGAAUCGGAGAAACCCAAAGGUUUUGCCUUUGCAGAAUAUGAAACUGAGGAGAUUGCAGACUAUGCUGUCAGGCUCUUCUCUGGCCUCGUGACACUAUACAACAGAACACUUAAGUUUGCGUCUGCCAAUAAACAGAUAUCUGGGAAAGAAAAAACUACCCCUAACGGUUCUACAGCAAUUACACCUGCAUCAAAUACUUCUCAACGACCAAGGCCUUAUCCAGUGCCAAUAAAUAAUUCAGAAAAUUUUCAGCACCCUGCUAAGUUAUCAACUCCUGAUCGAUUUUCAGAUUAUGCUGUAAAUCAUUCCCAAGUUCCUCCUUCUCGUGUAAUUGACCAAUCUAGUGGGUAUGGAUCUCACUAUAGUGGCAACAAUUAUGAAUACAGCCGGAGAGCUUUUGGGGCAACAUUGGAUAGCGUUAGCCGUUCUAGGUCGCGUCGCCAUGAUAGAAGUAGCCCAAUCUCUUACCAGUCUUACUAAUAAUUUCAGAAGAUCAGUGACAGAUUAAACUUUCAUUGAAUAUUAAUCAUAAGCAUUAGUAGAAUGUAAAUGGUAAAUAUUCAAUAUUUAGUGGAAUACAUUGGAAUACAUAGGCUUUAAACAAAGCCAUUGUUGUAGGUGUACCUAUGUAUGUACUUCAUUAUCCAGGCAGGGUUGGUGCUUAAUGAUUGUAGUUUCCUGAUUAGUUAAGAAUACUUCCUGUAUACUUGUGUAGGUUAAACCCAAAUUAUAUACCUAUUUCUUAUUACUUGACUUU